AUGGAGCGCCCUCCGUUUUGUCAAAGUGAACUCCUAAAGCUUGCCUGUGGGAAGACUGGCCAGUACCAAGGAAUCCAGCAACCCAAUAGGAAAACUGGCUCAUUCAAAGGGAAGGUGAUAGAGAGAUGGCAUAGAGCUGUGUCCACCAACUUAGCCAAGCAAAAUGUGUUGGUCCUCAAAGAGGAAUCAUUGAAUGAAAGCAACUUGGGAUUUCAUGAAAGCCAAAGCAACCCAAAGAGAAACCUGGUAAAGAAGAUGAAGAGUGCUGUUGGGAAAAUGCUGUCUUGCAAGUGUGGAAGCCAGUCAGCCAGUGCUGGCAGGGAGAGCUUUGUGGAGCAGAGGGAAGCCUCCCCGUCCAAAGCACCGGGCCUGCUGCCUAGACUUGUGAAGGAGCUUCCAUCGCCCAGAUUAUUCACCAAUCCAAGCAUGAAGAAGCUCUCACAAAAUGCAACAAUACAGCUUGAUGUUGUAGAAGCAGAGACAGAAGAGGUAACUGGAGGAAAUGGGCUUCUCCGCGCCAAGAGAACCACCAAGCGAUUAUCUGUGACAUCACUUCCUUCAGGGCUGCAGAAGGCACAAUAUUCAUCAAAAAAGAGACCACACUUCCCAGCACUUAAAAAGAAGAAGCGGAGCAUGGAAGCCAUUCUCCAGAAAUCAGAGCUGACCGUAGGCAAGCUUCAAAUGCAGGUGGAUGACCUCAUAGAAACAGUGACUGACAAAUCCAUGAAGCUUCUGGAACAAAGGCACGCUGAGCUUAAGCAGUGUGAGUUUCUAGGGGCUGAGAUCCUUCAGUCUUCGAAGCAAUUCCAAAGGCUUUCCAAGAGAACCACGAGGAAGUAUAAGCUGCGACGAGCAUGCUUCCCAUGCACCUGCUGCUGCUGCUGCUGAGUUCCCAGUACACAGCUCAGCUACCAAGGGGAGGGACCCUGCCUCAAACAGGGUAGACAAGCAGCAGCCAACGCUACCAUCUGAAUCUAGCCACAUGCUACAGCAGGUGCACGCCCUCACACAUAAGCAUGCAAACAUAUGUACCAUGUAUGCAUGCUCCCAAAGAAGUAUUUUUUAAAAAGAUUCUUUAAAACAAAAUGAUAGAAGAAGCAUUUACCAACCACAUUCCUCAAGGACUAAGAGAGAGCUGUAGAAAAGCAACACAGAUGGACUGAUUUCAUACGACAGCCAUUCUUAACAGUGUGAAAGCUUCCCCUACAAUAGACCCACGCCAUAAGUACUCAUCAUGGCCCUCUAAGGCCUACUCAUGGACUCCAUUUUCUCAAGUUUUACUAACAUCUUCUAGAAAUCUAUUCAUUUUCUCAUGUGUAUCCCAAACGCCAUCUUAGAUAAUCCUUACCUGGUUCGCUAAGGCAAGUGUUAGCAGUUACCUAGAGUUUUGAAUGAGCACAAAGAUCCACCUUGAGACAUUUUAUUAAAUAUUUUCAGAUGCUGAUUUCUAUGUUUAAGGAUAAAAAUGUAUUUAAAAAAUACAUAUAUAUGGGAUACAUUUCCGUUCUGUGAAGAAAUAUGAACGACACAUGAAUACUUGAAAGCAAAGUACUUCAAUGCUGAAGUUGAAAUAUCCCAAAAGUACAACACACUGAACCCAGGAAGCCCAUGCAGCUAUUCGCUGUCCCUGUAAAUGGCGACGGUCAGUCCAUCUAUGGCUUAGGGUCUGCUUCCAUGGUGCUUUCUUGAGCUUCAUCCACCUCUGACAGCUUGUCAUCAUCUGUAGUUAAGAAGACACAGAACCUUACUCCAUGUCACCUACAUUUUGUGCCUAGUAAUGCAUGAGAAGUUUUAUUUUGCAUUAGCAAAUAUGGUUAUGUAUGCAGCCCCUGCGCAACCCCCACAACGUAAUUGUUAUAGUUGAUUAUUUUUACAUAUUAUUAAGAGCAUAUAAUUUGUGUGAUAGAUUUCAUUAAAACCAAAGAACUAAAAUCUAGGUCUUAGCCUGAUU